CAGCUUGUCCGUUCGGCUUAUCCAUAUGAAGAAGGCGAAAUUUGAAAAGCUGGCCCAGGCAGCGUUUAGUCAUCUUUCUUCUUCGCUAACUACAAACAAAGAAAACAAUAUGAUACCAACAUAGGAGAAAGGCUCAAGGAAGAAAGAUCUUCAUUCCUUCACAAGACUCCAGCCCAGAUGGCUCCUCUACGAAAGAAAAGUAUAGAUGAUUCUCAAAGCGGUGAACAUGACAAUACAACUGAAAACAAAGCAGGACGAGUUAUUUGGUCAAAAAACUCACUUCACGUCCUUUGUGAUCUUUGUAUUAAGCAUGUUGAGAAAAGUAAAGGAAAAAAUGGUGGAGUUGUAUCUCAAAGAUUGGUGUGGAAGAAAAUUGAGUUGGAUUUUCUAAAGGAGACUAAGUUACCAUGGGAUAAAAUGAAAUUGAAAAACAAGCUUGAUACGAUAAAAAAAUCAUGGAGCUUGUGGAAACAAUUGAAGGGAAAAGAAACAGGCUUGGGAUGGGAUCAUGUGAAAGGAACUAUAAGUGCUUCUAGUGAUUGGUGGGCCUUAAAAAUACAGGAAAAUGCUAAGUUUGAACAAUUUCAAGACGAAGGGAUUGAGCCUGAGCUUGAAUACAAAAUGGAUCAAAUCUUUGCUACUUCAGCCCAAGGAAAUCUAAAGUACACUCCAGGAAAUAUCAUCUCAGAAGAAGAUUUGCAUGUGGAUGCUGAUGAUGUUUAUAUUCCUUCCCUACCUACUGAUAUUCAUCAUGAUAUGGGUGCUGGAGAGGAAGAGAAUAACGACGGUGUACACGGUACAACUAAUGCAUCAUGGGAUGAUUUGUGGUGUGAGCUUAGCCCUACGUCUUCAUCUCCUUCCACGCAUAUCCCUCAGAUCUCACAAACUGGAAGAGAUGAUAUAAGGAAAGGUAUCCACUCCCAGGUUUGUAAUCAAGUGCAAUGUUUCUGCAGCAACCAGCGAUCAUGAGAUGAAAUACAGGGGCGGUGUAAUACAGGGGCGGUGUAAUACAGGGGUAGGCAAGAAGGCUGAUCGGUGAAAGAUUGUUGUCCAAGUUUUCGAUGAAGAUGGUCAGCCUCCCGGGAUGUUCGCACUGCUGCGGCGAUCGAGCGAUGCAAGGCUUGAGCGUUCUUUUUUAAUUAUUUAAAACUAUGCCGUUUUGGGAUCGGGAGCACCAUGCGGAUGGUGGGCCGAUCCCACGGUAUAAAUUGCGGUCUAGACCACAUCGGAGGUAUGAACUCAAAUGAUCAUUUAGUAGAUCAUUUGAUUAGUGUUAGUCCUUAUGAUUUAUCUUUUAUAAAAAUUAGUUGUGGAUGAUAACAUUACUUAAUUCGCAACAAAGUAGAACAAUUUUAUUUACAAAUGAUACAAACAUUUGAGACAAUUUUUUAAUUUCUAAAUAAAUCUUACCAUCACAAAAU